GAAAUCAUUUCAUAAUCUCUUCUGUGCCUGCCCCCAUUACGGCCCCGCCCUAUAGGUUCCGUUGACUCUAAAUCCCUUUCAUUGACUCGUUCCCGGCGAUAUCUAUCUCCUUGGAUUAUUCAGAAACGGAAAGAUACCUCUGAUAUUUAUAACAGUCCCCCAAUACACUAGCGAGAUACUUCCUACACCCUUCAUACAAUAUGCCGAUCAACCAGCCGUCCAACCAGAUCAAGUGCGUAUUCGUCCUUCCCUCCUCGUUCAUAUUUCAUAAAAAGCCAACCUGGACACACAGACUAACAAAUGUCUCAAUCGUUCGUCUUAAGAAAGGCGGUAAACGAUUCGAGAUCGCAUGCUACAAGAAUAAAGUGCAAGAGUGGAGGAACCGUGUUGAGACAAAUUUGGACGAUGUACUUCAAAUUGCCAACGUGUUCGUGAAUGUGUCGAAAGGAGAGCUUGCGAGGCAUCAAGACUUGCAGAAAGCCUUUGGUACGACGGAUCAGGAUGAGGUCGUGAAGGAGAUACUCAAGAAAGGCGAGCUUCAAGUAGGAGAGAAAGAGCGAGAGCACGAUUUGACGUCACUCCGGAGAGAAAUCGCCACCCUCGUAGCAGAGAAAUGCGUGGAUCCCGCGACACAACGACCAUAUCCAGUCACCAUCAUCGAGAAAGCGAUGACAGAAGCAGGAUUCAGUGUACGUCAAGGCAAGAACGCAAAAAGCCAAGUCUCGGAAUGUAUAAAGGAACUGCAGGCGAAUUCGACAUUACCUAUCGAACGAGCGAAGAUGCGUGUCCGGGUGACAAUGCCUACUGAAGAUGGCAAGCGAUUGCGUGAGAAGGUGAUUGAAGGUGCCCAAACCGUAGAGAGUGAUGAGAUGGGUCAGCAGCAGUGGGAAGCGAUGAUGCUCAUCGACCCAGGUCAGUUCCGAGUGAUCAACGAGCUGCUUCAGAAGGAAUGUAAAGGAAGGGGACGUAUCGAGGCGAUGACGUUUGCUGCCACUGCUGGAAAUAAUUGAAGGUGAGGUCCACCUUGAGUAAAGAUCUGUUAUGCGUUGUUUCCAUAGUCCCCGUCGGAAUGUAUCCAUACCAUACUUCGAAUAGAUGAGUCAAUAUUGUACCACUAUCACUAAAUUGUUUAUCUUCC